AUGUCAAAAUCUUUGUUAUGGGAUGAUUUAGAAUAUCCAAUUCAACCAUGGAUUAGAAGUGCAGUUGAUGUAAUGGGGUUUGAAAAUAUGACUCCUGUACAAGCUGCUACUAUUCCACUUUUUGCCAGGAAUAAAGACGUUGUCGUUGAUUCUGUUACAGGUUCAGGUAAAACUGUCUCAUUCGUAAUUCCAAUUUUCGAGAAAAUUGUACAAGAAGAGGCUAAUACUACUAAGAUGAAAAAGGGUCAUUUCCAUUCACUAAUUGUUUCUCCUACAAAAGAAUUAGCUAAACAAAUACAUUCUGUUUUUGAAUCAUUUUUAGAGCAUUAUCCUGAGAAUUUAUAUCCAAUAAGAUCUCAAUUGUUAGUCGGUACUAAUGUCAAAACUGUUAGAGAUGAUGUUAGUGAUUUUAUGGAGAAUAAACCCCAGAUAUUGAUAGGUACCCCUGGUAGAAUACUUGAUUUUUUAAAGAUUCCAAGUGUGAAAACUUCAAUGUGUAGUAUGGUAAUAUUGGAUGAAGCCGAUAGAUUAUUAGAUGUUAGUUUCUUAAAAGACAUGGAAAAUAUAAUGAAUAUUUUACCAAAACAAAGAAGAACUGGUUUAUUUUCUGCUACAAUUACUAGUGCUGGUGACAAUAUCUUUAAAACAGGUUUACGUAAUCCAGUAAAAGUUACUGUCAAUUCUAAAUCUCAAGCACCAUCCUCGCUUAAGAUUGAUUGUGCUGUUGUUGAAACUGAUAAGAAAUUAGAACAGGUAAUCAGCAUAAUUAAUAAUUAUAAAUUUAAAAAAUGUAUUGCAUAUUUCCCGACUUGCCAUUCUGUGACAUAUUUCUACUCUUUUAUGCAAUAUCUAUUGAAAAAGGGUAUAAUAAAGGAAGAAAUCCAAAUCUAUUCUUUGCACGGUAAACUUCAAACGAGUGCCAGAAUUAAGACACUGGAGACAUUUACUGAAACAAUAAGUAAUGCUGUUCUGUUAACAACCGAUGUUGCAGCAAGAGGUAUUGAUAUUCCUGAUGUAGAUUUAGUUUUGCAGUUGGAUCCACCCACAGAUCCAGAAGUGUUCUUACAUAGAUGUGGUAGAACAGGUAGGGCUAAUAAAUUGGGUAAAGCUAUAACAUUCUUGACACCUGGAAGAGAAGAAGACUAUAUCCCUUUCAUGGAAGUCAAAAACAUAAAUUUAGAAGAAAUAUCGUUAGAUAUUGUCAACUUACCGGACAAUUUUUAUGAAAUAUUCAAAGAUUGGCUAUUGGAAGAUAGGGCAAGACUUGACCAAGCAGUAAAGUCAUACGUGGCUUACAUAAAAACAUAUUCAAAACAUGCUGCUUCUUCAAUUUUUAGAUUGCAAUCUUUUGAUUAUGUAGGUUUAGCAAAAUUUUAUGGUUUAAUUAGAUUACCAAAAAUGCCUGAAAUUACAAAAUAUUUUAAAGAGGAUAAGGAGAAUGCUAGAACGUUCGGUGAAGGUUGGUUAAUCGAUCCGCCAAUUAAUAUGGAUAAAUUUGGGUACCUUGACAAAAAGAAAGAAGAUCGUAGACUGGCUGAUUUAAAAAAUUUAAAAUCAAUUCAUGACAAAAAGAAGCUAAAGAGUGAAUUAAAAAAGAAAAAUAUGUCUUGGUCCAAUAAUACCCAGUCAAAGGAAGAAAAAGUUGAAAGAAGGACAAAAAUGGCUUUGAAAAGAAAGAGAAUCGAAGAAGAACUUUCAAAAGAAGCAGAUGAAAAUAGUUCUGGCGAUGAUGAGCAAAAUCGUGAUUGGAAACAGGUUAUUCUUCAGAAUAAGAAAUCUAAAAAUUCCAAUAAUGGAAUGCAAGGUAGUUUCGAUGAUUUAUAG